AAGCGCCGACCAGUCUGCCCCACGCCUCCAUCUCCUGUUUCUCUUCUCCAAACCGCCUCCCACCCAUGACUCCCCCACGCCGGUUCCAUUUGGAGCCCCAGCACCCCAUUUCCCUCUCCCUCUCCCUCUCCCUCACACGCGCCCACACCUCCGCUGCCACCGUCGCCGUGCUGCAUCUGCAGCCGCGCCAUCGCCCGUCACCUAGUGCCCCGCCGCGCCGAGCUCGCACCGUCGUCCGCCGAGGAGCCUGCGUGAAGCUGUUGCCGAGGGACCACGCUGCUGGAGAAAAUCUCAUCAAGCACCACUACUUCGGACCUAAUCCAGUGUAUCCAUCACAUGUUUUUCGUCGAAGGUUUCGGAUGCAUCGUCCGUUGUUUCUACGUAUCCUUCGUGCUAUUCAACGAGAAGACGAUUACUUCACAGUACGAUGUGAUGCAACUGGUUUAGCAGGGCUUGGUCCAUUGCAAAAAGUGUGUGCUGCUUUGCGUAUCCUUGCGUACGGGUUACCAAGCGAUGCGGUCGAUGAGUACAUACAGAUUGGACAGACUACGGCUAGGGACUGCCUUAUCCGUUUCUGUCGCGCAAUCAUCUCUUCCUUUAGCGAACGAUACCUACGUAUCCCUAACCACGACGACAUUGCUCGCAUACUUAGUGUAAACGCGGACAGGGGGUUUCCGGGUAUGCUAGGCUCCAUCGAUUGUAUGCAUUGGGAAUGGUGCAAGCUGUCCUACUGCAUGGCGCGGACAGUUUUGUGGACGCAAUUCGAGGCCAACAAUGAUACUAGAGGCAGUCGCUGGGUAUGACCUCUGGAUUUGGCAUGCAUUCUUUGGAAUGCCUGGUACUAACAAUGAUCUCAACGUGCUUCAUCGAUCGCCAGUGUUUGAUCCGUUACGUAAUGGGACGAUGCCACCAGUGCACUUCACUAUUAAUGGUACCACGUACAAUUUUGGAUACUACUUAGCAGAUGGCAUAUAUCCAAAUUGGCCAACCUUUGUAAAAGCAAUUCAUCACGCUUUUGAGGAAAAAAAAGGUUCACUUCACAGCCAAGCAGGAGAGUUGUCGAAAGGACAUAGAGCAAGCAUUUGGAGUUUUGCAGGCCAGGUGGGUAGUUCUACGUGGCCCUGCUUAUGGUUGGGAUCGUAAUCACCUCGCAGAGAUGAUGACUGCUUGCAUUAUUAUGCACAACAUGAUUGUCGAGGACGAAGGAGAUGGUGCAGCAAAUGUGGACUUCAUUGGCCCCACUGGUCCCCCAGAAGUUUGUAAUAAUAUUCCUGAGGUCCGCAACGAGUGGCUAAACAAUCAUAUCCGCUCUGAAUUACCCAACGAUCCCGAGUUAGGACAUCACAUCUCAGUCCACAUACUUGUCUUUGCAGCACAACCUGAUAGAACACCUUUGGGCACGUCGAGGGUCUAUGGGUUGAAGGCCUUCAUCCAUAUUAUGUGGUUCCACAAUGUUGUUAUAUUUGAUUCAUGAACUAAGUCAUUAAUUGAAGAAAUGCAAGUCA